AUGUAGUUUUAGAUCGGGUAUACACACCCUCAUACACACAAACAUACACACACAUACUCACAAAACAGAGAUACUCAUGCCCCACUGUCACACUCUGUCUGCGGAUGUGCUUGGAGCAGAUGGUCUAAAAUGGGCUUCUCAGGCUGGAGACUGGCUGUGUGUCUUGUUGUUCUUGGAGGCAGCAGACAUGCAGUGCGGGCCGAAGAAGUGUUGGGCAGCGAGAGGAACUGUUCUGCAAUUCCUCCGUAUCUGCCACCAACAGCUGUAAACACGACUCUGAGGCUUCGUGAUCUCAGGGCAGCCAUGAGUCCUUUGAAUGUCUCUGCCUACAUCAUCCCUGCGACAGAUGCUCAUCUGAGUGAGUAUAUCGCCCCUAGAGAUGCAAGGUUGGCCCGGAUGUCUGGAUUCACUGGCUCUGCAGGCACAGCAGUUAUUACUCAAAGUAAGGCAGUUUUGUGGACUGACAGCCGCUACUGGAUUCAGGCAGAAAGACAAAUGGACUGUAACUGGGAGCUAGAGAGAGAUGUCUCCAUUCGCAUCAUAACCAACUGGCUGAUCAAAGAGAUCCCUGAGGGACAUCAGGUUGGCUUUGACCCAUUCCUCUUCUCUGUAGACACAUUUGACGUUUACAACACCAACCUGGCUCCAGCGGGCCGGAUCCUGAAAUCUAUCCCUGAUAACCUGGUUGAUAAAAUAUGGACAGAUCGACCUCCUCUGCCUCCUGACAACCCUACACGCUUACCUGACAGUAUCAUUGAGAGGACUUGGCCGAUGAAGGUUGAGCAGAUACGGGCCCAAAUAAAUGACAAUCCAUACAAGCCCACCGCUGUGCUGCUUUCAGCUUUGGAUGAGACGGCAUGGCUGUUUAAUCUACGAGGCAACGACAUCCCUUUCAACCCAUUCUUCUAUUCCUACACUCUGCUAACAAUGGAUGAAAUAUGGCUCUUUGUGCAUACUGAGCGAAUAACCGAAGAGUUAAAGGAGUAUCUGAAUGCGUCAUGCUACCAGGCCCACUGUGUGCAGCUGCUUGAAUACAGCUCUGUGCGCACAUACCUGCAGUCCUAUCUACAGAGACCCAACGUGAGGGUGUGGGUGGGCACAGAGUACACCAACCAGGCCCUGUAUGAGCUCAUUACUCCUGAGGAGAAGCUACUGACCAGCACUUACUCUCCAGUGCUGACCACAAAAGCAGUGAAAGAUGCGACAGAGCAGCGUAUUCUCAAAGAUGUUCACGUAAGGGACGCAGUCGCAGUCAUGCAGCUUCUGCUGUGGCUUGAGAAGAAAGUCCCUGAGGGCAAAGAGACAGAGCUUACAGCAGCACAUUUCGUCAAUCAGUGUCGCAGUAAGCAAAAGAACAGCAGAGGGUCAAGUUUUGAGACCAUUUCUGCAAGUGGACCAAAUGCUGCUCUUGCCCAUUACAGUCCGUCUAAUGAAACUGCAAGAAAGUUAACGGUGGAUGAGAUGUAUCUUGUUGACUCUGGAGGACAGUAUCUGGAAGGCACAACGGAUAUCACGCGUACUGUGCACUGGGGUGUGCCCACUGACUUUCAAAAGGAGGCAUAUACAAGGGUGCUCAUGGGAAAUAUUGAAAUUUCAAGAACCAUCUUUUCUGCUGGAACAAGAGGUGUGAAUAUUGAGAUGCUGGGACGAAGGGCAUUGUGGGAAAUCGGUUUAAAUUAUGGUCAUGGCACAGGUCAUGGUGUGGGAAACUACUUUGGAGUCCAUGAAUGGCCUGUGGGAUUUCAGUCCAAUAACAUUCCAUUUCAAGAGGGGAUGUUUACAUCAAUAGAACCUGGUUAUUACAAGGAGAAUGAUUUUGGUAUAAGAAUAGAGGACAUCGCUGUCACUAUUCCAGCUACCACAAAGCAUGGCAACAAUUACCUGACUUUUGAAACUGUUUCACUGGUGCCUUAUGACAGAAACCUAAUAGACACAUCUCUUCUUAGCCCUGAGCAGCUCCACUGGUUGAACACAUACUAUGAGACCAUUCGCAGUGUGGUGGGCCCUGAGCUGGAGAAGCAGAGGCUGAAGGAGGAGCAUGCCUGGAUGAUGAAGCAUACAGCACCCUUCCUUAAAGCUGAAUCUUCAGCUGUCAUCUCCUCAGUUACACUGUUAUCAACACUGCUGCCCUCUGCCUUACUGUAUCAUCUGCUUUAAAAGACAGAAGUCGGAAGAACUUAAGUCACUCCACAGUGCUCAGUUUUAUUGCCUCUCUUGCUACUUUGUGCUGGUAGGCAAAACUCACUAUCAGGUACAAACAGAAAAGCUCCAAUGCUGAAUAUGUUGCAUAUAAUAUACUGUAUUUUUUCUUACUCUGUCCUUUGCCAACAUUUUUUCUCUGUUAUUUUUAUCAUCAAGCAGUUUUAACUUUUAACAGAUUGACCAGUCCUCAUUGGAUGUCAAAACCAUGCAUAUGAAAGUUGACAUAGCACAAUCGCAGCACCUGGUUUACAAUCACAGCUUUUUGUGGCCUAAGUUUGAACUUUUGUUAAUAUUUAUAAUAACAUAUUAUCAUGUAUCAUGCUCAUAUUAAAUGAACAAAGAUAAGAUCAAGAUAAGGAAUUGAUAAAUUGCAUGUGUUUGUAUGCUGGAAAUAUGAUUAAUGUAUCAGAGACAAUCAUUGUUUAAUUAUAAUUUAUUAAAAUUAGAUUACUUCAGAACUACGUUAUCUCUACUACUUUUGAUUUCUCUUUGUUUUGUGUGUUCAGGUUAGUUCUUAUAUUUAUUAUAGCUGAUGUGUGUAACUUUGUCUGUGUUAAAAUACUUUCUCCUAUCCCAGCUUAAUAUGUAGAGAUAAGUCAUAUAGUUAUAGUUAUUCAUAGGUUAAUUUUCUCGAAAACUGUAAGCACUGUGUUUCUGUUGCGCUAUGAAAAUUGCUUUGAGUGACCAGCUUAGACCCGCCCCAACAAAGUUGCUCAAUCAGUGGCUUGAUUUGGGGGCAGGGCUAUUUAUUUGUUUGAACAAUGUCAGACAGGGGGCAUAUUCGGAAAGCUGUUUUGAAAACAAAGUUUAUUUUUGCAGUUCUGUUUGGUGCCGCUAGUGUCGCAGGAAUUACAUACAUCAGCUUUAUCAAUCAUGGUGUAACAAUGGUUGUAUUCAUUAACAUUAGUUCGCUACAUUAGUAAACAUUAAUUAACAAUGUCCAAUACUUGUACAGCAUUUAUUCAUCUUGAUUAAUGUUAAUUUGAACAUAUACUAAAUACAUUUUUAAAUUAAAAGUUGCAUAUGCUAGAAUUAGUCAAUGUAUUAUAAACUAACAAUGAACAAUUUAAUUCUUAUAAAUUAACAUGAACCAAAAUUAAUACAUGCUGUUAGAAAGUAUUGUUCAUUGUUAGUUCAUGAUAACAUUUGCCACU